AUGAUUACAACUUCCAGCAUUCGAACAGCCUUAGCAACUGCAUCCGUCAUUAUUUCAAUAUCUGGCACAGCCAAUACUCUGCUCUCACUUUCAUUGCCACCGAUGGCUCCAAAAAAUCAUCAUACGGUCACUGUUGUGUAUAUCGACGACCCCCACAAGGUUAUGGCUCACUACACUCCCAAGAAAUCGGAGGCCCUGACGGUGGCCCGGACUGGAGUGUUGGCCCGCCGACCAAUAUACUGGAUCCGGGGAAACCCCAUCAGAAGGGUGAAUGAGCUUAAGUACCUCGGUGUUACCAUCGAUCAGACACUAUGCUGGACGCCCCAUCUGAGGAACGUUCGAGAAAAGAAGAACCUCAUGAUAGCAGCACUAUCAAGACUAGCAAGACAGGACUACGGCCUAAGCGGAGAGGCACUUCGAAUCAUCUAUAAGAUGUGCGUAGAGCGCGUCAUCUGCUACGCCUGCAGUGUAUGGUGGAAAGAUUCUGCCAACGUCAAACAGAGCAGGACGCUGCUCACGAUUCAGAGACCCGCUGCCCUGCGGAUCACGAGAGCGUACAGAUCUGUGUUUACGGAUGCGGCCCUGGUCUUGGCCGGGCUGCUCCCGCUGCCCUUGGUCAUCAGCCAAGAGGCAACCUUCUACCAAACCACAGUAGAAGGAAUAGAGGCUAUGCAUUGUAAUCGGAAGUACCCAGUCAGGCUCAGACAUCGAGUGGAUGUCUUUAAAGUCCAUCUGGACCAACGGAUUGGACUUGACUGGGAUAUCGGUGAACCGACUGGUACAGAUGUUGAAAUAUACACCGAUGGCUCAAAAGACGGCAGCUUAGUAGGUGCCGUGUAUGUCGUCUUCUGUGACGGAGUCGAAGUGUACGAACAGUCAGUCAGAUUAAAUGAGGAAGCGUCCGUGUUCCAGGCGGAACUGGUGGCCUUGGUGGGGGCGUCCCAGUGGAUCCUAUUACAUCCGGGUCCAGAGUCGGUCACGGUUUACUCUGAUAGCCAGUCGUUGCUACAGGCUUUGAAAGAUGGGUACCAUCGCAAUUCGCUGGUAUACAAGAUCAGAAGCAUGGUGCUGAGGGCGAGGCACGAGUGA